AUGAUUCACACGCAGACUCUCUACGCUUCAGAGUUGAUAAUGGCCGACGCUAUAUGGGUGUUGUGUGACGAGUGUUGACAUAUAUUCAGUUUGUGACAAACUACCUGGAAUUGCGAAAUAUUAAAUGUGCAUUCAACAUGGAUAUCAAAAAAUCACACAGUUUAUCUCUGGAUAUAUUAUUUUUCAUUAUUACUGCAUUUUUUCAUUUCGCCUUAGUGCAGGGUGCAACAGUAACUGCUCCAAAUAAAAGUGGCAUUUUAAAUGAAGGAUUAAAUCUCACAUGCACCUAUAAUUUAGAGAAUGGAGAAACAUUUAGUAGUUUAACAUGGGCUAGAAAAAGAAAUUCUGAUAUAAACUUUAUUGAUAUAGCUAAAUUUGGAAAUGGUGAUGCAGUUUAUUAUGAAGAUGCUGGUGAAUUAAGAAAUAGGAGUAGUCUGUUAAAAGUUACCACUGGUGGUAAUAUUGAUAUUAGAACGUUAAUAUGUGUUGAUGAGGCACAGUUCAAGUGUACAUUGGAAUAUGCUAGUAGUGGAACACUUAGAAAUCAGGAAAGCACCAUGGCUGUAACUUUACAAGGUCGCCCUGAAAAACCAAGUUCAUUGAUCCCAUCAGGUGAAAAUGCUGAGUAUGAUAAGAUGACAUUUGAUUGUACAAGCGUUGUUGGGAAAACCCCUCUUGGAAGUAUAAAGUGGGAAGGUAUAAGAGGAUCUAUUAUACAAGAUUUAUCUGCUGAUUCUGAGGAUCUCGAUGAUUUCUUCACUCCUGGUUCCUGUACUCAGACCUUUAUUUCAAGACUUACUCGAAAUGUCACUCGUAGUGAUAAUGGACUUGUUAUUCGAUGUCGAACUAUUCAUUCUAUCUAUCAAGAUCCAGAAGAUUACUUAGAUUUAUCUCCCCUGAUUGUCAACUAUCCAGUUGAUGAUGCAAGUUUAAGUGUUUCUCAAGAUCCAAAUGUACCUAUACAUGAUGUUGGUAAAAGAGUUCGUCUUGUUUGUCAGAUAACUGUGGUUCCUGCUGCUACUUAUAAAUGGCGCCAUCUCAAAACUAACCAAACCUAUGACCGAGGAACUGAUGGCGUUUUGGAGUUGGUAGAGGCACAGGUAGAUCAAAGUGGAACAUAUGAAUGUGAGGCUACAAAUACCUACCAAAAUAGGACUUUUACUGCGACUCAGACGAUCGACAUUAAUAUUCAAAUACCUUCGACUGCUUCACCUACUGAUGUCCCCGAAAAUACUUCUCCUUCAAAUACCGGUAGUGGUAAUGGAAACACGGAUAAAACCACUAGUACUCCGGACGAUGAUAAUACAGUACUGAUUAUUAUUAUUUGUGUUGUGGUAGCUGUUGUUGUCCUCAUUGCCAUUAUUAUUUUCAUAAUAGUCAAAAAGAAAAAAAGUCCAAAUAAACAACAAAGAAUAGAAGAACCUCCAGAAAAAGCAUACAACAACAAUCCAGCAAUAAACAGUUAUGCAAACCAACCAGAUUUAGUUGGUGAUGACAAGAAAAAGAAUUAUCAAAAUUCGUUUAGCAGCAGUCCUUAUAAUUCAAAUCCUUAUUCCCCAACUAACUAUCCAGCACAUAAUACUUCUUUUUCCAUGAAGAGUGAUGAUCUAUCAUAUGGAGAAAUGAAUUUUGAUGAUCGACCAAGAAGUCGAAAACCAGUGGCGCUGUCUGAUGCUGAUUAUGCCGACAUUUCAAUGCCACAUGUGUAACAUUAAAGACAAAUUGAAAACAGGGAUGUACCAAAAAGCAUUCUUAAGGCCUUUGAGAGAUGAACAAAAUGUUUUUUGCAUUCUUUUGCAGAAAAAUGUACUUUGGAAUAUAUGUAGAAGGCCAACAUUUACCAUAGAAUUUGGAUUCUUAUAUUGUGUGAAUAUUUUGUAAUUAAAUGACUAAUUCACGUGGAAGAACCAGAAUCAUUUAUAUAGUGCUGUGUUUAUACAACCAAUCAAUUUAUGUGUGUUACAUGUAUAUAUUUGUGUGUGUAUGAUGUCAGCAUUUCAUGUGGACAAAAUGGAAGACCAUUCAGAUAAUGUAGAUUGGAAUAUAUAUCGAAAAAUAAGAAGCAGGUUUGCCCGGAUCUUCUUAGUCUUUUUAACAAAAGUGCAAAAGUGGCUAGAGUGUGAAAUAUCGUGUAAACAAAGAGAAACCUGCACAGACAAUGGAAAAGGAAUUAAGAAUUUGUGCUUAAUAAAAACAGUGGAUAUUAUACUGAUCUACAUAGACAAUGUAAUUGUUACUAUGGCCAAAUUCAUCUAUGUUUAUUGUAAUAUAUAUGUACUAUAUAUUUCAAUAUAACUUUCAUAUAUUCAUAUCAUAAAGAUAUCAGAUAUAUUUAGUAAGCUUUGUUAUAGUAAACAAAUAAUUAGAUGAAUUACUUACUUAUAACACAAUGUACAUUUCAAUCUGCCAUUUUGGUUUUAAAUAAAGCCAUUUACAGAAAUUGGGAUUUCGGUAAAUAGAUGAGCAUUUAAAUACUGAAACAUAGUUUUCUAAAUAGUAUUGUUGGUACAUUUCAUGAACUUAGUGUGGAAUCAUCCAUGGUGGUGCCUGAAAUUAAUCAUGCUGUUGUUAGAAAAUCUUUCAAAUUGUACUAUAGAUGGGAUUACACACAUUAAAGGCGAUCAUUGAAUAACAUACAUGUAUUAAUAAUAGUGCCAUGGUCUACAAAAUCAAACACAUCAUUUAUUAUUAAUGUCAUUGUAUAUUUAUCAUACGGUAUAUACAGUAAAUCAUAUAUGUUCAUAUUGUGCAGCUGAUACCCUGUAUAUAUAAGUGUAGCUCUUUUCUCAGUGGUGAAUAUACAUGUACAUUUUUACUAUCGUAUCAAUCACUAGAAAUUUUGGAUAAUCAUGAUUUCAGAUAUUCAAAUCAGUCUUUGAUAAGACAUUAGCUGGAAUCGGAUGUACAUGUAUAUCCCUAUUAUAGUAGUACCGGUAGAUGUAGUAGCAGUUUAUGGUGAUUGACAGAAUGGCCUCUUUCAGCAUUAUAUUUAAGCCCCUUGAGGAGAUCAAACAUAAAAGCAGACACUAAACCGCCAAGAGAUAUAUUGUCUGUAAUAUCACUAGAUGUUAAAGCAUCAGCUACUACUACAAUGUACUAUCAAGAGAUAGAUCAAACAUAAAUCUUGCCUAGCCCAGUAGGUGCAGAACAAUAGGAUGUUUAAACCCCAUUUCAUUUUCAAACAUAAAUGUCUGGCAAAAAAUGUGGGAGCUAGAUCCCGACAUUAUUGUGAAGGCCACCUAUUGUAGCCUACUGUGUAGUUUAUUUUACCAUUUUAUUCGGUAGGUAGGAUUUGUCUCGAAGACUCGUAUUGGCCUACAUACAUAUAUUUAUAAAAUUUACUAUUAAAUGAUCAUGAAAUCAAUUCCUUAUAACAUUCAUUUUGAAAUAAUUUUUUUCUUUUUAUUGUACGUUUACAACUAAAUUUAUUUUAGGAAAACAUCAUAUGUAGUAAUCUAUUAAAGUCAAAUGAUAUUUUCAAAUUUACAACUUUAUGCUUUGUUGAGAUGUAGAAGCAAAAAUAGGAGAAAUAUUUUAUUUCUUUAAAUGCUCAUAGACAAAAUUAUAUUUAUUAGGAAAAAAGCUCAGUUUUUAUUAAAUAAAGAGCUCAAUAAAUUCACAGAAACCAAUUUUUGUAGCCAUUUUGCUCAAAUUAUAUACCUUUAUAAAAAGAAUAGAGUAAAAUUGUUCCUCAAUGGUGUUGUAAAUGUUCACAAUUCAAUUUAUCUAAGGCUGCACAGUUUUAUAGAAUUUCCUGGAUAAUGACAAUUAAACUCGCCCCAGACAGAAAAUGAAUUAUGCAAAUUUUAUGACUUCAAUUCAGCAAAAGAUCGAUCUACUAUUUAUUUGGGAUGUUUAAACGAAUAUUUGUAUAUAAAAUUAACAUGAAUUGUAUUUAUCAGCAUUCCGUGUUAAAUAUUGUGAAAUUUUAUUCAGAGAAUUCUAAAUGAAUUAUCAGAUAUCAUUACCAUAUGCUUAGAAAUUCUGUAGGAUAGAAAUGCUUCAUAUUUCUUUUGUUCUGAGUGAUUCGUUUUUUCUUUUCAUGUUUUUGUGUUAAUCUUUUUGUUUAUUUUGUUGAAAUAAGAUAUUUUAACAGGUACACAAACAUAGUACUAUCUUAAAGCUCUAAAUAAAUAUAUAUAAUUUUUUAUGUAAUAUAGAUUGUACAUAUUUGCUAGAUAUAUAAUUAUAUAAGCUAUAAAUAAUAGCCAAAUUUGUAAAUGCUUUAGAUCAUCUUUAGUUGCCCAAUAUUUCUCCCUUCUAAUAUAUUUUCUUCCUUUUUUUUAUUGUAUCUGUUUUUGCUUUUGCCAAAGAAAAGUUUAUUUUCAAAUUGAAUUAGGAAUAAUGAAGCUCUUGAUCUCAAUUUUCUUAUUUCACUGCAAAACAAAUGGAUACAAUUUAUAGUACCAUGUAUGUACUAGUAUGCAUAUAUCCAUAUUUUGGAUUUAAUUACACUUGAAAGAAAUAAUGAAUUCAUAUUUGUUGUGUGUAUUGAUCAUUAACCAUUGUUGUCAAGUUUUACACAAACUUAAGAGUAUUCUUUGGACCUUAGGAGUAAUUAGAACUUAAAAAACACACACUUACAGAAUUUAAACUUGUACAGAAUUACAUAAUUCAAACUAAUAAUAUAUACCGGUACAUUAAUGCAAUUAAAUCGCAUUAAUAACGUACAUGUAAAUGAAAUAUAGAAAGUUUUUAUAAACAAUAUCGAAAUUAUGUUAUAAUUUAUCUUGUUACUAAAGAGUAAUACAAAUUUGUUAAAUAUUUCAAUUUUAUUAUAAUAUUUAAAAAAAAUGUUAAAGUCAUUGGUGGUGUAAUGAUUAAUCCUGAGUUAAACCUCCCAUUAGGUUGUUCCAUUUUUUUCGUCCAUGUAACUAUGAAACCAUGUAAUUUCAGGUGGUUGUUAUAGUUUAUAACAAAACUAUAACAAAAACAAAAUGACAUAUCAGAAAUAGUUGUGAAGUGCCUACUGAAGUGUAGCCAUUGAUUUGGCUUUCUUGAAAUCGUCCAUUAUUGAGAAUUAUUCUUUCACAUAUCAUGACGUCCACCUUGAAGUAAAAAAAAAACCUUUUAUGAAAGUAAAUUGUAAAUGCCUUUAUAUAUAAAUCAUUAUAUUUUGUUGAAAUGUAUACUAUAUCUUAAUAUUUUUUAAUUAACUGUUGUUCCUUGGCAUGUCUGAUUAUUUCAAUAAUAAAUAAGAAAAAUUAUAUAAA